UUAUGGCUUUGAGCUCUUCAUACUGAGCCUCGUUAAGAUCUCUGAAGGGACACGCCCCUUGUUAGACUAGAGUCUAUAAAUGCUGACUCAGCUACACCGUGUAUUACAUCAACAUGUCUUCUGCUGAAGAACUUGAAUUCCCUCAAAAACUUUUUGAGUAUCAAUGUGGAUUUGCAGCCUCAAAGACCUUAUUUACAGCAUGUGAACUGGGAGUUUUUGAUUUACUACAUGAAGUACAAGAACCACUUUCAGCAGCAACCACUGCUACUCGCUUGAGCACCACUGAAGAUGGAAUGGAGCGCUUGCUUGAUGCCUGUGUUGGACUGAAGCUUUUGAAAGUUGACUUAAGAAAUAAUGAAGGUUUUUAUUCCAAUACUGAUGUUUCUUCGAUGUACUUGGUCAAGUCCAGUCCUAGGACCCUUUAUUACAUGAUAAUGUUUUAUUCUAAAACCCUAUAUAAGUACUAUAAUUUCUUACCACAAGCUGUAAGAGAAGGACAAUUUCAGCAUGAAAGGGCUUUCGGAAUAUCUUCAAAAGACCUUUUUAAAGCAAUUUACAGAUCAGAAGAGGACAUGUUAGGUUUUAUGUAUUUCAUGAACUCAACAUGGAGUAUCUGUGGAAAAUAUGUUGUACAAGCUUUUGACCUUUCGGAGUUCAACACAAUCUAUGAUCUUGGAGGAUGUACAGGAAGUCUUGCAAAACAACUUGUAUCUACAUAUAAUGAGUCAACAGUCACCAUUAUGGACCUGCCAAAUAUUGUGCAAGCAGCUAAGAAGCAUUUUGUAACAGACGAGCAACAACAGAUACAUUUCCUUGAAGGAGACUUCUUUAAUGAUCCUUUACCUGAGGCAGACCUGUUUAUUUUGGCCAGGAUUAUUCAUGACUGGACAGAAGAUAAAUGCCUUAAACUACUGAAGAAGAUUUACCAGUCUUGUAAACCUGGAGGAGGAGUGCUGCUAGUGGAAGUCGUUCUAAAUGACGACAGAAGUGGCCCACUGAUUGGCCAGCUGUUCUCACUAAACAUGUUGCUCCAGACAGAAGGAAAAGAACGGACAUCAUCUGAAUAUAUCAAGCUCCUUACAGAAUCUGGCUUCAGGGACAUUGAAGUCAAAGUAACUGGAAAACUAUAUGAUGCAAUACUGGGAAGAAAGUAGAUCCAAGUGUCAUUUUUCUUAUGUAGCUGACUGCAUUUCAUAACAAAUUAUAACAAAAAGUCAUUUAUUGUGUUAUUGAAGCAUGGAUAUUACAAAUAAUAUUGUAAUUUUUCAUAUAUGUUUUCUUGGACUUGGAAACAUAUUGUAAACAUUCCAAUGUCAAUAAUAAAAUUAACUGAUAUGUUUUCAGCUGAAUUUCUUGAGAUACUUUAAUAAAGAUAGUUUCAUGGCGUGAUCCUUUCUAUUACUUUGU